AUGGUGGAACUGACAGUAGGUGACAUCAAUAGAAGGUAUUGUAGCCAGAUAUGUCGAUCAAUGCUAAGCUAUACAUGGAAAUCCACCCCAUUAUGGAAUCUGUUGAAAGAUCGUGGGAUAUUCCAACUGAAGCCACGCUGUGAUGCAGGGGCUGAACCGAAUCAUACAACUAGUAUACCGAACAUUGCAACAAAAACAAUGGAGUUAAAGCUACUAAGUCUAAAGGAUAUGAAGUUGUUGGACAAUGUUCUUGAAGCUGAGAUAAACACGAGUUGUUGCUGCCACCAGAACGAGUUGACGUCUUCAACAAGGCUUUCGAUCUCGGAAAAAACUAGUGAUACCCAUAUAGGUGCAUCCAAGUUAGUAGUAACUCGCGGCGCUGAGGCCGCAAUUAAAAGGUACCAGAAGCUAAGGAGAUGCAAGCAAGUCGACUAA